GCUCCUCGGGACUCAGAUGAUCUCCGGAGCCUCAAAACGCGACCACCUCCACUUUGACUCGUAAACCCCGCAGGAUGCAGUUUUAACCCUCCGCUCCGCGCCGCCUCCUCCUUCGACUCAGGACUAUUUGGGAAUUCCAAGCCAACUUUCUGGGACUUUUCCAUCUUCUUCCAUGAUGUUGUCGGAGUUGCUCCGCGCUAACCCGCCGGCUCCCGCUGCUCGUGUAGCCGCCUCGCUGCUCUCUCUCGCCGGACUGCUGCUCACCUCCGAGGCGUUCAACCUGGACGUGGAGUCCCCGGCGGUUUACUCCGGACCCGCCGGAAGCUAUUUCGGAUACGCCGUUGACUUUUACCGGCCAGACUCAUCAAGCGCCAGCGUGUUGAUCGGAGCUCCCAAAGCCCAGACGGAUCAAGUCGGCGUCCAGCAGGGAGGAUCCGUCUUCUACUGUCCCUGGAGCCUCGGCCGGUCCGACUGUCACGCCAUCGAGUUUGACUCAGAAGGCGACCGCAGUGUGCUGAUCAACAUGACGGAACAUCAAGGGGACUUUAAGUCCAACCAGUGGUUUGGAGCCACAGUGCGUUCUCACGGCGACACCAUCCUGGCCUGCGCCCCCCUCUACUCAUGGAGGACAGAGAAAGACACCCCCCUCUCGGACGCUACUGGAACCUGCUACCUGUCGGUCCAGAACUUCACCAAGUUCGUGGAGUACGCUCCGUGUCGCACAGAGAUCAGCGAGGAGUCGGGUCAGGGCUACUGUCAGGGUGGAUUCAGCGCCGACUUCACCACGGACGGAAAAGUGGUGCUGGGCGGCCCAGGCAGCUUCUUCUGGCAGGGUCAGCUGAUCUCUGCAGCCAAGGAGGACAUCAUCAGAGCGUACUACCCCGGGUACUUCAUGCAGUCGGUGCAAGGACAGAUCCAGACCAAACAGGUCCUGGCUGAGCAUGACGACAGUUACCAAGGGUACUCCGUGGCUGUUGGGGAGUUUAGCGGUGACCAGGUGGAAGACUUCGUGGCUGGCGUUCCAAAAAGACUCAUGCUUUACGGCCUGGUGUCUGUUCUGAACGGGACGGAUCUGAAAAUGAUGAUCAACUUCACUGGAGAGCAGAUGGGCUCGUAUUUCGGCUACGCUGUAGCAACCACGGAUGUCAACAGUGACGGUCUGACCGACCUCCUGGUGGGGGCGCCCAUGUUCAUGAUGCGCAGCUCCGACGGGCGGCUGGAGGAAAUAGGGCGGGUCUACGUCUACCUGCAGCGAGGGCCUCUGAACCUGGAGCUCAGCCCGCCUCACCUGACCGGCACUCAGGUGUUCGGCAGGUUUGGCAGCACCAUCGCGCCUCUGGGAGACCUGAACCAGGAUGGCUACAACGACGUGGCCAUCAGCUGUCCGUUUGGCGGUGCCGACCAGCGAGGGCUCGUCUACAUCUUCAACGGACGCUCAUCUGGGCUGGCGGACAAACCUUCCCAGGUGAUCGAGGGUCAGUGGGCCGCAGGGUCCAUCCCCGCCAGCUUUGGGUUCUCACUCCGAGGAGCUCAGGACCUGGACGUGAACGGAUACCCCGAUCUGAUCGUUGGUGCGUUCGGGGUCAACAAGGCUCUGCUCUACAGGUCGCGGCCCAUCGUCAACACCAGCGUCUCUCUGACUAUCUCCCCGACCAUGAUCAACCCAGAGGAGAAGAACUGCCUGGUCACCAGUGGGAACUCCAGUGUGCCGGUUUCCUGCGUCAACCUGAGCUUCUGUGUCUCUGCGGACGGGAAGUUCCUCCCUGACGUGCUCGACUUCCAGGUGGACGUGCAGCUGGACAGUCACAAGCAGAAGCAGAAGGGGGCGGUGAAGCGAGCGCUCUUCCUGGACUCGCUGCUGCCCUCUCUGCAGCGGCGCGUGCGCGUGCGACACGGCGAGCGAGUGUGUAACCAGACCAGGAUCUUCCUGCGGGACGAGAAGGAGUUUCGGGACAAGCUGUCGGCCAUCUUUGUGUCUCUGAACUUCAGCCUGGAUCCAGAAGCAGCGGCCGACCGUCACGGACUGAGACCCGUCCUCAACUACCAGACCACCAGUGUGGUGGAGCAGAAGGCUCAGAUCCUGCUGGACUGUGGAGAAGACAACAUCUGCGUUCCUGACCUGAAGCUCUCCGUCCAUGGGGACAGGAAGGAAAUCUACCUGGGUGAUGAGAACGCGCUGACACUCACCUUCCACGCCAGGAACGAGGGCGAGGGCGGCGCCUACGAGGCGGAGCUGUACGUGGUUCUGCCGCCGGACGCCGACUACAGCGGCAUCGCCCGAAACAAUGAGAGUCUGACCCAGCUAACCUGCAGUUACGAGUCAGAGAACCAGACCCGCUUCCUCAGCUGUGACCUCGGGAAUCCCAUGAAGUCCGGAACCAGCUUGUGGGCAGGACUCCGGUUCACGGUGCCACGGCUCAGGGACACGAACAAAACCGUCCAGUUUGAGCUGCAGAUCCGGAGCAAGAACGAGAACAACUCUCACAGCGAGGUGUCCUUCUACAAGUUGGAGGUGGUGGUCCAGGCCGAGAUCAUUCUGCAGGGAGUCUCUCACCCUGACAAAGUCUUUUUCCCACCGACAAACUGGAAGUCGAACCGGAACUAUGUGUCGGAGCAGGAAGUGGGUCCAGCGGUGGAACACAUCUAUGGGCUGGUCAAUAACGGGCCGAGCUGGAUCAGCAGCACGCACCUGGAGCUCUUCUGCCCGCUCCGUGUUCAGAACCACGACCUGCUGUACCCGCUGGAGUUCUCCACCGAGGGGCCCGUCAACUGCAGCGCUGACCAGAACUUCAACCACCAGCACCUGAAGCUCCUGCGUACGUCCACUGAAGCUCCACACUUGGCCCUCAAGACAGCAGAGCACAGAGGGAGGAGGGAGGCCCGCAGUGGUCAGUGGCCUCACACGACCAACCUGUCCUGCCCCAGCGUAGACUGCUGGACGCUACAGUGUCAUGUGGGUCUUCUGAAGAAGGGGUCCACGGCCAUCCUGAAAGUCCGAUCCAGAGUCUGGGCAGAGACAUUUAUGGAGAGGCCGUAUAAACACUACGUGCUGGAGUGUUUGGCCCGUUACAGUGUGAAGAAGAUGCCGUACCUCAUCCCACCCAAACAUGCCGCCUCUGGACACAGGAAGGUCGUGACCCCGGUGGUGUGGAACAAGCCCGACAAGGAGAACUCUGUCCCCCUGUGGAUCAUCAUUCUGGCCAUCCUGGCGGGUCUGUUGCUGCUGGCUCUGCUCAUCUACGUGCUAUACAAGCUUGGGUUCUUCAAGCGCUCGUUGCCGUACGGAACAGCAAUGGAGAAAGCUCAGCUCAAACCUCAGGCUGCUUCAGAGGCGUAGGGACCAUCACAAUCCACAAGCCCGGACCCAAGAACCAAAUGAGUUUCACCAGAACCACAGAGACGUCCCAGACUGCAGGGUCGACAGAACCACGUGCACUGAACCUUCCAACUGAGACCCACCAACCACAGAGAACCAAUCCAUUGGACGGAUAACCAAAUAUCUUCAGAACCAAAGAUGCGGGCCGAGCGACUGCAACCUAGAACCAGAUCUUUAUGGGAAUUUAACUUGAUGGGUCGGACCCGGGAUCCCCCCCCAGUGACUUGUACAGUUUGGUGCUAAAGCUCACGGACAAGUGUAGGUCACAUGACCCACAGCCAAAUAGUGAUUUUUCUAAUUUAAGACCUGAGCAGGGAGCCUGUGGGUGCAGCGCCCCCUGCAGGAUGAGCGGGUUUGUUUUGUUUUUAGUUUUGCACUCAAAGGAAAUCUACUGAUUUUAUAUUUUAACGGACUGUUGGACUUCCUUUGGGUUCUGAUGACGUCACACUGAAAUGCAGGGUCAACCAAGGUCACACUGGACCAUCGCAGGACGAUGACGUAGAAUCUCAGAGUUCAUUUGAAAUAAAUGUUCAUGUUUUUAGCUUUUAUUUUUAGUUUAAAUCACCAGAAUCUCACUCAGACUAGACCAGAUGAACAGGGGAUGUGAUGCUUCAUCGAAGUCACUUUACUGUUGUACAUUCAAAACUGAUCAAAGCUCAAAAUCUGAGUUCAGGCGGUCGGACUGGAUCUGGCUGUCUGAUCGACUACAUCUGAACAAGAGCAGGUGACCGGCAGUCAGAGAAAUGUCAAUGCCAGUGAGUCCUUUUAAAGAGGGAUUGGAUUAUUUUACAACUGAAACCACAAAAACAUCUCUGAGGUUCUGAAUCAGGUCUGUGAUGGUUCUGUGUCAUGUGACCUUCAAAAAGAACCCGAACUUGGAAGCUGGAACUUUGACAAUCAAGCGUCCGCUUGUGUGACGGCGGCUCUGACUUCACCUCUGAGUGUGUGUGAGAGUGUGUGUGUUAUAUUUAUGAAUGCCUGUAAUCCUUGGAUGAAACGUUCGGCUUCAGUGAACUCCGGAGCCACACCCUCUUUCGGGAGGCAACCGCUCUGGAAGUGCAAUAUUUACAUUCACAUCACUUUUGUUUCCUGGCUCCGUCACCGCUGCAACACGUCCUCUUAUUUAAAGCGUCCGAUAAAGUGUGUCUGAGAAAGCGUGCGCUGUCGAGUCAAACGUUUCCCUCCACGGUUCAGUUUGUGGCUCAACUCUUCUCCACUUCCUGUCCUGUUGUACAAACAUGGCCGUGGAGGCAAACAGCUGAUCGUUGUGAACAUUGUCGCCCCAUAUUGGGGAGAACGUUUGUUUCUAAUGUGCUAUUUGAAAUAAAAUUUCCCUUUUUACCA